AUAUCUAACGGCUGAAAUAUAUUAUUUAAAUACGUAAUACUCGUUUGUCAGCGAACAAGGGUACCUGUAUGUUUGUUUACACCGUUACAUUUCAAUAAAAUUAUAGGAUUUUAAUUCGUAAAAAGAUCGUUUACAAUAGUUGUGUUUAUAAGUGUCAUAUUCUAAUUAUAACAGUUCAAUAUUGCGUUAUAAUUUAGGUCGGCCUUUGUUGCUAAGAAUAUUAGGUGUUUGCUUGUGUUCGGAUAUGUACUAGAAAUCGGAUAUUGUGUACCCCAGCUCGUGGCGUCGUGCAUUGAUUUGGAAGUUUUACUCCAUUUUAAAGACAGGUGAAUAGUUCAUGUGCUAUCUAGAGAAGUCCAGCAUGGCUGUCUAAUGCAUAAAAGUUACAACUACCUGUGUGACUUGGCUAUCAGCUGAUAAAAAAUAUAGAAAGACUGACAUUUAAGAAAAAAUCUAGAUAAAAAAACAGUGAAAAAAUGGGAGGAUCAGCCAGUCAUGCCAUUUCCCCAUUGCCAGUUGGCAAGAAUAUUAUUAUCACAGGGGGAAAUACAGGUAUUGGGUACGAAACAGCCAAGAAUAUUGCAAUGAUGGGUGGGAAUGUAAUACUAGCUGUGAGGACAGAGGAAAGGGGGAAAUCUGCAAUAGCUAAGAUGGAAGCAGAGUAUGAGGAAAGAAAGAGUAAAGGUGACCUAUAUGGUAUCUUAGAGAAAGAGAAGCUAGACGUUCAGUACCAAGUUUGUGAUCUCACCUCACUGAAAUCUGUCAUGCAAUUUAUUGGAUGGUUUAAAUCAACAGGCCUUGUUUGUGACGUCCUUAUAUGUAAUGCUUGUACAUAUUCUUUAAAGGAAGCGUUUACGGAUGAUAAAUGGGAGGCGACAUAUCAAGUAAACUAUAUUGCCCACUUCCUGUUGAUAUCCCACUUUCUUCCCCUCAUAUGUCAGGCAGGGAAUGAAUGUCGUAUUGUCAUAAUUACGAGUGAGAUACAUCAGCAUGCCGUGUUUGACGUGGAGUACGCUGCAAGCAGUAAAAUGAAGGACUAUAGUGGUUAUGAUGCAUAUGCUAAUUGUAAAUUAUUUCAAAUAAUGAUGAUGUACAGUUUAGACAAAAUACUUGAACAUCAUCCUAAAGUUGACGUAUUGUGUGUGGACCGAGGCAAAUUAGACGCCCUCGCCUUCCCUAACGACCCUCAUUCGGGCGAGGGGUUCAACUGUCAUUUUUGUUGUCUUAAAUGCUGUGCCGCUAUUAGAGGGAAACUGAAACAAGAUGCCGAUGGAGCUGAGACGACAGUAUAUGCUGCAUUAGACCCCCAUCUAGCUGGUCUAAGUAGGGGUUACUUCCUGCGACCUAGAGACAAGGCAAGAUUUCCUAGCAGGGAAGCAAGGAAUAAGGACUACCAGGAGUAUCUAUGGAAACACACUAUAGAGAACCUGAAUGAGUAUCUAGACGCCGACUGCCUCAAGAUCCUGGCGGAACAUUAGCAUUAUAUGACCUCACACAUACAGUUUACAGAGCUUAUGUUUACCAUAGCAAUCUGGAGUGUUAUAUUAUCAUUCUCCUCAUCUAAUCAGUACUUACUACAUUCUUAAAGUGCCUUCAUUUAAGUGCUGUUUGUUAAAUGUGCUUAAUAGAAGGGUAUUUAAACAGUUAAUGACCUCUAGGAUAAAGGUCAUGGACAGUAGAUUGUUGUUUUGUGAGAAAUACAAGUUAACAUUGAUUAUCAUUUACAUGUUACACAUUUUUUACUAAAAUCCCAAAAGUUAUUAAGGUGUAUUUAUUUGUCGUGAGUUGCCUUUUCCUUUAUUGAUUAAUUAUAGAUUGAAUCCAUUCUUAACUAUAAAUAGCCUGAAAAUAAGAGUUCUGUCAUUGGUCAAUUUUAUUAUUUCCAUCUCAAUUAUUAGCCAAUCAGGAGUGCCAGUUACUAAUUACCAGUAAUUGUGCAUACAUAUAAUUUUUGACCAUGUUCAUAUAAAAUUGCAUAACUUUUUGUCUCUUUGCACAUGAUAUUAUUUUUAAUAAAAGUACAAGUCAAGGAAAUUUUAUGGACAGCUUGCUAUAAUAGUGGAUUAGUCAGAUUUUGUUUUACAUAAUCAUGUCUGGUUAUAUGGCAGUAAAUAAACAGUUGCUUGCAAUAUUUCAAAGCAACCAUUUAUAUACGGCCAUAUAACCUGUUGAAAAUCUAUUGAACGACUAUUAUACUUGUUAUUCAGUUUGGUUACAUGUCUUUUUUCAUGUAACAGUAAAUAGUUAAAUAUGUUUAGAACGCAAGUUAGUAAGAAAUGAAUAUUUAAUGAUUUGGCAAUGAUACAAAUGUAACAUAAUUCAUUUGUCAUUAUGUUUUAUUGACCUUUGAACUCACUAGUGUCUCAGACAGGUUAAUUUAUCUUAUGAUAGAUUUCAGUAUGGAAGUUAAGUUUUCUAUUGAAAAUUUUUAUAAAUGAAAAUUUGACUUUGUUUACAGUAAAUUAAUGAAUUUUGUACAGCAAUUACAGAUUAUACUUUGUUAUAUGUUGAAGUAGCUCAGUUGUUUGUAGACAAUCAUGUUUUAUUGUUGUUAUAUUAUUUAUAUACUUAAUAUAUAUUAUACAUGUACAUAUUCUAGUAGAAACUUUUGUAAACUACA